UCGAACCGACAACCGUAAUCAUGAAAUGAGCGCAACACGAGAUCUCAAAUGGAUUACACAAAUCGCACGAAUAUAACCGAAUGACAACUUGAUAUCUCAUUGUUGCGAACCAAACGGGCGUGAUGACCUAAUUUGGAUGCGGUUGAUUUUGUUACUUUGUAUUUCGAUGUUUCGACUUUUAUUCGCAUUUUAUUUAUGUAUUGAAAGGGAAGUAGGAUAGCCUUAGAAAGACCACUGGAUGUAUAUACUGUUUGUAGGAUGUGCGUACGCAAAAUGAUCUCGUGGCAUGGGGCCUAGCAUAUUUAUAGAAACGUAUUGAUCGAAAUCUCGAAGAUAUCGGGGAUUAACUUUGGAAUAUCGAGCGGGCGUUAUCAUGAACAGGGUGUUCGGUUAUUUUCACGGACACUUACUGAUUUGUCAUCGUAAAAUGUGCAGUGUGAAUAUCGUCAACAGUGAUAGCGUCAGAUGUACAGCAGAUUGCGUUCUCGACAAGUUGGCUUUAUAGAAAUAUGGCUUUGGAAUAUGCAUUCACAUGGAUAGCCUUAUUAAGUUGCGUUUUGUGUCAAAAAUUGGGGAAUUACACUGGAGACAUCCUCUUAGGGGCAUUGUUUCCCAUUCACACGCGGAAUGAUCUGACGGGCUCCUGCGGAGUGAUACAAGGCCAGGACGGUAUUCGGUCAAUGGAGGCCAUGUUUUAUACGUUGGACGAAAUAAACAACAAGCCGGGUUUUCUCCCGUUCAAACUGGGCGCCAUUACGGUUGAUUCGUGCGACGACCCUGCCCAGGCUCUCGGUCAGAGUGUCAACAUGGUGAAAUACCUCGUUUCAAGGUCAACCGAAGGCAAACCAUCCUAUCAGUGCGCCGACGGGUCGAACCCGGAACGCUCGGCUACAAGCGCGGAGUUGACCAAAAUUGUUGGCAUCGUAGGCGGUGCCUCGAGCGAAGUGUCCAUCCAGGUUGCCAGCUUCCUUCGCCUUUUUCAAAUUCCUCAGGUUAGCUAUCUCUCAACCAGCCCCGACCUCAGCAACUCGGAGAAAUUCGGUUACUUUCUACGAACAGUUCCUUCUGAUGUUAACCAGGCAUUGGCCAUCAUUCGAAUACUCAAGCAUUUCGGCUGGGAGUACGUCUCCAUUGUUUAUGAUGACACCAACUACGGUCUCAAGGGGUCGGGUGCCCUGGAGACCUUCGCUGAUGCAUUUGGGAUAUGUAUCGCCACCAGGGUUAAGGUUGACUCCAGCCUCAGGGGCGACUCGGAUGAGGCCAUGGCACACUAUAUCGGCGUCAUGAGACAGUUGAUGCAGAAAAAUCAUGCAAGAGUUGUGAUUGUCUACUCAGAUUACCCACAAGCAAAAAUGCUGUUCCGAGCCGCCAAGCAGCUGAAUGUCGUUGGAAUGUUUACAUGGAUUGGGAGUGAUGGAUGGAGCGGGCGGCUGGCGGCCGUCUCCGGCGUGGAGGACGUGGUUGAUGGUGCUAUAACGGUACAGCCGCGUGCUGUGGAGAUUCCCGGCUUUGACAGGCAUUUUCAAAGCCUCGACCCGUUUACCCACAUCGAGAACCCCUGGUUCCAGGAGUACUGGCAGGCGGCGUACAACUGUUCCUUCACCAACCCGCUGGAGCUUUGUACCGGGAUUGAGAACACGAACGGCACUGACGAUUACUCGCAUAAGAACCACUCCCAGCUCCAGUACGUACGAGAUGCGGUUUACGCGUUUGCCUACGCCUUGAGGGCUAUCCACCGGGACGUCUGCGGUCCGAUGAGCAACACCCUCUGUCCCGCAAUGGCCCCGGAGAAAAUCAAGGGAGACACUCUCCUCCACUAUCUCAAGAUGAUAAACUUUACAGAUACGGCUGGUAACGAGUUCGUUUUCGUGAACGGCAUCGAUGGUCCACCGUACUACAGGAUCCUGUCGUUCGGUAAAAACAAAGUUGGUGAGUUUGAGUGGCGGGACAUCGGGAAAUUCAACGGAAACAUUACGUCACAAGCAGGGUUCGAUAUCACGGAGCAAUUGGAACUAUUUCCGGAGUUCCUCCAUCUGUCACAAACAUUCCCGCCGUCCGUCUGCUCGGAGCCUUGCUCACAAGACCAAGCGGUCAAGGUCAUCGAGUCGGACCAUUGUUGUUGGGUGUGCGUCAAUUGUACGGAUUACCAAUACAAGCCAACGGAGGACACGUGUGUUGAUUGCACGGAAGGAUUUCUGCCGAAUUACAACCGGAGUCAGUGCGAGUCUAUACCGGAGGAAAUGAUGCCUGUGAUUAAUCCACUUACUAUAGUUGCGGUCGUGUUGUCUCUGUUGGGAAUUGUGGCAACAAUCGUCAUGGUGUUUAUCUUCAUAAAAUACAAUAACACACCCGUUGUAAAAGCAUCGGGGAGAGAGUCCAGCCAUGUGUUAUUGGCGGGAAUCUUCCUCUCCUAUAGUGUUACCUUCGUCUUCCUGGCAACGCCCAAUGUUGUCGUGUGUGUUUUGACACGUGUUUUAUUAGGCGCAGCGUACACGAUAUGCUACGCCGCCAUCUUGACCAAAUGCAACCGCAUUGCGCGGAUCUUCAAUCCGGCUCUUAAAACUGCUAAAAAAGCUCGAUUCAUCAGCCCACGAUCUCAGUUACUCAUCAUAACAAUGCUAUGCAUCAUCGAAGUGAUCAUAUUGACUGUUUGGAUGGUGGUUGACCAUCCAGGGACAGCAUAUAUCUAUCCAACGCGCUACCAAAAGGUCCUUGUUUGCCAAGGGGCGCAGGGUUUCUCGUUUCUCAUAGCAUUGGUCUAUCCGUUUGUUCUGCUGAUUAUCUCUACCGUCUACGCCAUUAUGACGCGAAAAACGCCGGAUGGUUUCAACGAGACACGAACUUUGGCCUUCACAAACUACACAAAUUGUAUCAUAUGGUUAGCUUUUAUUCCUAUAUUUUUCACAUCAAAUAGUAACAUUAUACGCAUGGUGACUUUAUCCAUUGCGACCACAAUAAGUGGGACGGUGGCCAUUACUUGUCUGUUUAUACCCAAGAUUCACGUAGUGCUGUUCCGACCAGAGAAGAAUACAAAAGAAGCUGUGAUGAAUAGGACCAGGAGCAAGAGUACCAUGGAUGGAGACCUGGGGUCAAAGGUAUUGGGAGAUCGAUCCCGGUCGAGUUCGGUGGGUCUCCAGAACAGCAGCGGCAGCAAGGUGGCCAGCACUUUGGAUGUUUCACAAGUGACUUUCGUGGGCCCAGCGGACAAGUCGUCGUCGCCCAGGCACUCGAAGACACUUGGCAUCGCAGUCGAGCUGGGAGGGAAAUAUCUCAGCGUCCCAUCUAGCAAUAGUUGUUGUGCUUUUCAGACGGAAAACUCCAUUGCAAUGAAAGACAUGAAUUUGGCGAAAAGAGGGUCGACAGUGUCAAACUGAUAUUUAUUUUGUCAGGAGACAAGGCCACCAUUGAUUUUUUAAGCCUUUUAGCAGCUAAUUUGUCAAUGUUUGACUGCGUCGCAUCAAAUACUGCGUGGGGUUGUGAAUCUGAAAUUUAGAUAUGAUAUUCCGGACAGUCGGGCAAGUAAAUGGUGAAAAGUAAACUGGUAGUUGACCACGGAAACUUUUUGAUAAUCGACCAAUUGGACAGACGUUGAUAUUUCCACUCUUUUCAGUCAACUGGCAGAAAAAUCUCAAAACACGCCCCCUAUUGCCAAAUAUAUAGGUCUGGAACCUCCAACCUAUGAAUAUUCAAUGGUUGUCUUGUCUCUUUGGUAAGAAAAUUUAGCGAAUAAUAUCCAUCGUGAUGCAACAUUUGAAUUUGCGGAAAAUAGGUUCUACGAUGUCAAAAGUAUAUUUUCCUAAAUGAAGGAUUGAUUCCGUCGAACAGAUAGGCCUACUUGUUGUUUGGGAAAAUAAGGGUAGGCGAAGUCCUCCAUCUUCACCACCAAGGUUUCUGCAUCUUAUCAAGGUAUACCCCAGCUGUAUUUGUUAAAAGGGGAUAGACCAUGAGGUUUAAGGGAUGUCCUCAUAUUCCGGGAGACCAAAAUUCAGUCCGGUUCAAUUCCUAAUAUUGCCACCAGGUGGUUAAAACCGAAAACACAAAAAGUGAUAUAUUUCCCUAAUUGUACCACCAUUAAAAACAACGCGACUGAUGUUCCAUUCUGCUAAUUCUGUGAUAUUAGAAAGGUCAAGCCCGAGUGAAUGAUAUGUAAUAUAACCACUUCAUAGAUUGAAUUAUUGGUGUAAUAUAUAACUAUUUGUGCAA